AUGACGCAGCCAAUUCGCGGCAGGGCUAUUUUCGCCGCCUUAAUCAAUCAUAACACCAAGCCAUCAUCGUCUCGUACGACAGGUUUUUCGAUAAUAUUUUUAACUUUGAUGGCUGUGCUGCUAGUGUUAUUAAAUUCUUCUAGGAUUGAAUGUAAAUUGAAUAAGCUAGGUGAGGACAGUAUUACAUGUGAGGGAAUGAGAGCAAAUGAUACGAGUGUUUGUUCAGGGAGAGGAGCAUGUAUUUCAUUGAAUAACUGUUCUUGUUCGAGUGGUUAUGAGGGUAGUAAUUGUCAAUUGGAAAUAUCGCCAACUUUUUGCGAUAGAAUUAUUAAUUGCACUGGUCAUGGAGAGUGCAAUAUUAAGGGAGAAUGUGAAUGCCACUCAAGUAUUAAGGAGGGAUUUUGGACAGGCCGUUCAUGUAGUUCAUGUCAAUCAGAGUAUCAUGGUGAGAAGUGUUCAUCAAGGGUUGUAGGACCAGCAGUGAUAUCGUCAGAUUUUAAGGGUAUAACCUUUUAUCUGCAUUCACCUUAUGACUUUAUCGAAAAGGAUGUUCCAUGCUCAUCCUUACUACAUCCCUCUGACAUUAGCAAGAAUGUGUAUGGCUCGAUAACAAACAUCAAGUGCCAAUAUUUAGAUAAGGUUAGCGGACUCUUUAUGAUAUCUUUUGGUUCUGUUGAUUAUGAUAUUCAACCAGGAGAGACAACAAUUCAAAUUAAUGAUCUUGCUUUUGAAAAUGAGCAAAUCCAUCAACAAUACAUGCCAUUGACUGUGAAUGUACCUCAAAAUAUUUCACCACCAAAAGCUAUCAUUCAAAUGGCCAGUACAGAUAUCUAUAGUUCUUGCGACACAAUCACUAUUGAUGGCUCUUCGAGCUAUUCCAUAGAUGGCAAGCAAUUAUUGUAUUAUUGGUCACUUCUAGAUGCUACAACCAUGAAUCCUGUCUCAAUAUUACAAGGACAAUCCAUCUUUACACUUGAUUCUUCUCUUACAGCUGGUGACUACAUUAUGACCCUCUAUGUUAAAAGUAAGUGGUUAAAUUUGGUGAGUAGCACUGUGUCUUCCAAGAGAUUCACCAAAGCAGUAAAACCACUUCCUCUACUCAGUACAAGCAAUAAGGGAGAGACAAUUGUAAAGUAUACAAACCAAUUCCCUCUCACUGUAAAGAAAGUGAUUACACCUUCUGUAUGUCAAAGUGAUAGUGACGUAUUGCAAGUGGAAUGGACCAAGUUGAGUGGCUCAGCCAUAACAUUCAGUUCAGACUCUUACAAUAACUUGUUCAUUCCUUCUGUUAGCAAGUUUGGGACUCAAAAUUACACUUUUGAGGUGUCAGCUUUUUAUGCUUCCAACCCAUCAUUGAAAGCAUCCACUAUCGUUAAUAUUGUAACAAAGUCACCUGACCUCAUUCUUAGCAUUAUUCAAAGUGAAUCUACCAAAUACCAUACCACUAUUGAAGUUGAUUAUUUAGACCCAGAAAUGUCAUUGCAUGAUAGCUCAAUUGAAACAUGGACUUGGACCUGUUUGGAUAACACAAGUCCUGAACUAGUUAAUUUGCUCAACAAUGCAGGCUCAACAAAGGCUUCAGAAUUUGUAGUGUCAAGCUCAUUGUUCUCUACUAUCCCAUCCUCUGUAGAACUUAAACUGAGAGUUGAAAAAUUAGAUGGUCGAUCAAUUGAAAAGACAACCACUGUAUUCUUUGGUAAAGUUCCUCCACUAUUGAACAUUCUUCAUAUCGAGCCUUCCUCCUCUAUUUUACUUCCUGGACAAUUUUUGUCAAUUCAAGCCCUGCUUUAUGCUGAAUCUUCCUCUGUGAAUGCUACCUGGUUGCUGAAUGGAGCUGUUUUACAAAACACCUCUUGUAGUAACACAACAAUUGACAAGACAAUCACAAUUAUUAUUGACACCAAACAGCUCGAAGAAGGUUCAACCAAUGUUGUGACAUGCAUUAUUUUUGACAAAAAGACUGGUUUUUCAACUCAAUCAAGUUACUCAUUCACCAUUGCUGUAACCCCAAAACCUUGUGAUUGUACUAUUUCACCACUCAAGGGUCAAGCUCUAGAAACAGAAUUCAAGUUCUACUGUUCCAACUGCAAGAACAUUGAAGCAAAUAUUGAUUACAAGUACGGAUUCAUUGAUGAUAGAUCAGGAUCAAAAAUUGAGCUCUACAAGUUUGGUGACAUUUACUCUUCAAAGCUUCCAGCUCCUUUCAGUGGUUCUACCUUAACGUGUUACUUUGAGGUGAUUCAAACAGUUACUGGUGCCUCAAUAACUACUUAUCAAAAUUUGACCAUUUCAAAGCCAGUCAUUAGUGAUUUUUCAGAUGCCUCUAAAAUUGUUAAGGAAUGGGCUGAGAAGAGUUCUGAAUUUACCUCUAAGGGAGAAUUUAGUUCAAGCUUCUAUCAAUCAGCUACAACCUCAAGAACUGACUCUGUCUUGUUACAACAGCUUUUAAAGAAACUGUACAGUGUAUCAUCCAAACCAGUAAAAAGAACUAUAGAGUGUAUUCAUGGAAGAGACAUUUCAGGUGUCUGUAAAUGUGAAGAUGGUUGGAUUGGAUCUGAUUGCUCAGAUUCUAUUCAAGCUUUUUCUGAUAUUCAAGGAACCAAGAUGAUAGUACUCAGAGAUAUGAUUUACAUUGCGAAUAGUACUGACGGAUUCGUAAAUGAUUACUAUCUCUCCUUGUUAUCAUUCUCAAUUGACUCUCUGUUGAUCAAUUACCAAUUGCUCAAUUCCAAAACAAUAUCAGAAUCGCUUUUCACAUUGAAUAUGUUCCUUGAGUAUGCUUUGGCUGAUCCAAAUCUUAAAUUAGCUCCAGAGAUUGAAACAUUGCUUGUCAGUAGUGUAGAAUCUGCUUAUAGUUAUAUCAUCAAUAGACAAUACUUUGUAGAUCAAUCAACCAACUCUCGUAGAUUAUUGUCAGCUCUCAAAUUGUCCACUUGUUUAAUUGGACGAAAUAUUGUUGUGGGAAGUAAGAAACAACAAAAGACAGGGUCAUUCUACUCGAUGACUGUAAAUAGACACACAAUAUUUGACAUGCCUACCUCAAUUCAUGAUGAUGUUAGUAAGGCAUCUGUUCAAAUGGAAAACUACAUCUUUGAUUUCAGUCCUCAGGUUACUACACUUUUCAAGAAACCAUUUGUAUAUAUUUUCUCAAGUUCAAUUGAUGUAUUUUCUUUGAACACAAAGUUAACAAUCUCCCAAAAAGUCGAUUCACAAACCUAUCAAAUGUCUAGCUUAGUUUCACCAAUUGUUUCCCUUAAACUAAUUGAUUUGUCUAUUCCAGUUAAUUCGCAAUAUUUGGUUUAUGAAAUUCCUAUCAACAAAUCUAUUGCAAUCCAUGAAGUUAUUCACACUACAUUAGAUUAUAUAGAACAAGAAGUAAGAUAUUCUUGUGGCAAUUUUGAUGAUGGUUCAACAGAGGUUGCAGUUGAUUGCAUAAUGCUAUCAAUGAAUGAUACAUAUGCUGUAUGCAGAUGUAAACAAUUAACAAAUGUUUUCAUCAUGGAAACAGUAACAACAGUAUAUCAUUCAUUCACAUAUGUAGCAGGUGUUGUGCUCUCCACUGUAAUGUUUGCAUUAUGUCUGUGCGUAACUCUUGCAUCAAUUUUCUUCUGCAUUUGGUAUGGAGCUAGAAAGACUCAAAAAGUUACAUCAACUUCUGGUGAGGUAACCUAUGGUGGUGGACAAGUUUUUGUAAAAUCGAACAGUGUAGUUGUUCAUAAAUAUGAAGAAACCCCUCUUGAGCUUUCAGAAGCUACAGAAGAACAAGUCCAUCCAACUCUUUCAGCUACAUACAAUAAGGUUCCUCCACUCAAACUUCAAAAAUUGGAGGAUGCAAAUAGUUCAGUUAAAUUUACUGAAGUUGACUUACUAGAUUAA